GAGUGAUCACUAAUCGGAUCGCAUUGCAUUGUGAGCGGUUCGGGGAAGAAGCCGAGUCGAUUCACACGGAUACGACGACGAAGACGAUUCGGAGCUUAUCUGUUCAACACGCGCAAACACACCGGCAAGAGCGAGCGACGAACGGGUUGUGAGGAGCAAGCAAUUGAUAAAGAGUGAUUACUAACGUGUGUUUCUGGAGCGGAGCCGAUAUCAAGCUUGAAGAGGUGUGUUUGUGUGUGUGUAUGAGUGUUUGUUUGGCGCGAUGGAUCCCAGUAUUCUAGCAACCAUGGACCGUGACGCACUCAAGAAGCAGAUCGAGAACAUGAAGUACCAGGCCUCGAUGGAGCGGUGGCCAUUGUCCAAGAGCAUCGCCGCGAUGCGAGAGUACGUGGAGGAGAACGAGAAGAACGAUCCGCUGAUCCACGCGCCCGACAAGAAGAACAACCCGUGGGCGGAGAAGGGCAAAUGCGUCAUCAUAUAAGAGAAACAAUAUCUUCCUAUCCCGACACACGUGCGCACACAAACAUACAGCGCGUACACCCUCACAACCCCCCAAAAAUGCACCUGGCAGUUUUCCACCGGCUCGUCGUCGUCGCAAGAAAGAAAGGACCCUCUGCGUGUUGGUACGCGUGUGUGUGUAAGUAAGAGUUGUGUCGAACACACACACACUUGGAUCGUCGGGGCAGAGUGCGGACCGACGAUGGCGGUGCUCGUGACUGGGUUUCUGCCCUGGGACAGAACUUGUGAUCUUUUGUUUGCGUUUUUAUGUUAUGGUGUGAAGAAGCAAAUCAACAUAUAUACAUUAAAGGAUUGAGUUUAUGUUCGAUAAUAGUUUGUGCAAGUAUAGCCAAGCAGAACCGAUAGAAGUAAAACCACACGCAAGUUAACAGACCCACACAAACAAAGAAGAAGAGGAAGAAGUUAAGACAAAAAAUCCCGAAUGGUAAAGAUAUGUGUAAAUGGUACUCUUAGGGUUACGAAGAUUAUUUGAUUGGGAAAGGAACAAUCCUUUGCAGGAUUGUUGAACAGCGCCAUCUGUUGGUCGGCUCCGACCGGUAGAUGGCUCUCUUGCUGGUGAGCAGAUGUAACCAUAGAGAGGGCAUUCAAGUUCAUUGUUCUUGAUGUGUAAACCAUUCCACGAGUUGUGCAGUUGUUGAGUCAUGAUUUUAGGGAAAUAAAGCAAACAUUUUUAAAGCCCAUAGAAAAAUCGGUAGUCCGACCUCGGAUAGAUUCGAUCCUUCUUCCAGUGGAACCUCCAAACCCUCCCGAAGUAAACGGAUAACAUUAGCACAGCUUCGGAAGCUUUUUUGAGUGUGAAUACUAGUUCCCAGUGACUGUGUGUAGCUAACUAAAUCGAACAAAAUACUUGCAAAAACACUUUUGUUUAUCACCAAAUUUCGCCCAAUCAAAAGUCUUACUCUUCGUUGUCAGGGUUCUGCCACACUUGCGAUUAUCUUUAGCGCAACUUUACCGACACGAAAGAUACUGCACUUUCGCAUAUGACCAAAUAUUGUAAAACAAAUCUAUUCAGAAAAAAAAUAUAGCACAGUAAAAAAUACAAAACUCGAACCUCUUCGGUAUCUCUCAUCGUUCACAGUUUGAUUACAUACAUACACAGAUAGCAAACAAAUCAUGUAAUGAGAGAAGCUCGACAUUUAAAACCAUUAAUAAUAACACAUAACAUAAAACAAACGAAUAUCAAUAAGUCACUUUUCUAAAUUUAUAACUAAGCGUUUCAAUUAUUUUUGUAGCUUGCCAUUCGACAUAAAUCAUUAAUGAAAUAAAAUAAAAUUUAAAAAAGGUAGAACACAAAAGAUUGAAUUACUAAAUGCCAAGGCUUGAAUCAAUUUCGUUAGCCAUUUCCACAACAGAUAGAAAAAUAAUUUGGGGGUGGCAAGCAUUGCAUCGAAGCAUAAAAAACAUGCGAGCGGGUGAAUGGAAAAUUGGACUUGCAUGCAAGAAAAGUUAUCUUGCGCGGGUUGAAAAGGGUUUGUAUCUCUGCUAGAUUUUUUCCCCUGAAUAUCCCACAUAUUUUUUUUUUAAUUUGUUGAUGAAAUCUUUCAAAGGUAGGUGGUAAAACUGAUGAUGAUGGUGAGUAUCUGAUUUGAAAAUAAAUAAAUUGUUCAUCAACGAAUUGUAAAGUGAAUUCAGAAUGGUUAGAAUAUAUAAAUGCUUAUUAAUGCUUUGAUGUUUACAAACCAUCAUCUAAAGUUUCUUCAAAAACUACAGGUGCACCAUCUCGCUUGAUUAGCAACCACUCCCAAGUUCAGCAAAAAAAAAUCUGAAAUGCAUUAACGGUUAGUUUGAGUUACGCGUUUUAUUUUGAUAAUCAAUUUCAGCUAAUUUGCACAAAUCGUGUUAAACCAGCAGGCAAAUAAAAACUAAAUAAAUUCCGGUGAAAUGUUAAAUUGUGUAUCAGAAUAUGAGGAGAAUUUGAAACAAUGAUUACUGCCACGAUCUUACAAGGGAAAACGAGAGGUUAUUAUUUGGGAAAAACUUGGAAAUGCAGGCUUGCAUUAUUUGGUCUUAAAAUAGUUCAGAUUCACCACAAACACAAAAAGGCAAAGCACACAGAAAACGAAACAUUGACAGUUGAUCGGUAGACAGCUGUGAAUUCGGCGGAUUGGAUUGGAAAAGAAAACGAAGAAGACAACGCGAUCUAAAGUCAUACAGUGAUGGAUUAAACAAGCGAAGUAAUAAGAAUACAACAUUAGAAACUACUUACAAAACAAGUGUAGUAAUAAAAAAUGCCGAAAGUA